CUGUCAGAAGACCAUGAUAAAUCGCAAUGCAUUAUUGAUAAUAAUAAUUACUUUGACAUGCGCAUUUCUACUCGAGGGGCUAAUUUCCCCCGACCUGGAGAAUUUCUAAAGGAGAGGGACUAAAUAGCCUUACUAUUUGCCCCUGAUGGUCGUAGGUUACCAUGUCGCGGCGCAAGCAAUCCAAACCACAGCACAUUAAUUCGGAUGAGCCCGCUUCGACAGAAAAUGGGAUAUUGCAUGAUGGUCAAAGAGAGGAUGGUGGUAAUGAAGCUAAGAGGCGGCGAUCUGAGGAGACGAGGGUUUGCGACAAAUGUUGUGGCGAGUUCUUCGAUGAGACUGAGUUUUUGGAACACGAGAUGAGUUGCACAAAGAGUCAGCAGGUUGUGAUCAUGAAAGACGGUGAUGGAAGUGAAAUGCCCCGUGAAUUCACCCAGCAGUCUUCAGAUGGUUUCCUGAGCGAACAUAACGGUGAUGGUCAGUCUGCCAGUACCCUGCAUUCAAAGCACAACGGAGAGAUGGACGAAAUGGAAGGAGAGCUCAAACUGAACCAGGAUGAUCCCUCGAAUCAAGAACAAGAGAUGCCUGGCACUCCAGAAAUGAACUACAUGCUUUCGUCCAAAAUGCAAGACUCUAAUGUGACCCUUGAGUCUAUGGCUGCUACCAAAGUUGCUGUGACGCAACAUUCAUCCAACUCCUCCAAUCAGAAAUCUUCGCAACCGCACCAAGAAGCUCUUCUUUCAAUCCCGAUGAUCUUGGAACAGUUGGUCAGCCUCCAGCAGCAACAACUGCAGCAGAUUCAGCUAACCGAGCAGAUACGUAUACAAGUGGCUAUGAUGGCACCCCAUAAUCUUCAUCCUGCUGUGGGUGCUGCUGUGGAUCCACUGAAGGCACUGGGUGCGCAUCUGUCCCAACAGCUUUCAGCUGCGGCCGCCCUCAUCGGAAAACGAACUCAGAGUUUGUCUUUGGAGGCCCUGAAGCAAGCCAAACUACCUCAGUCCAGUGUCAUCCCCACGUCCCUUCCUGGAAGUUUGGGCUCCUUGCCCUUAAAAACUGAUUUGAAAGGGCUCCCAGAUCUUGCUAGCCGGCUUCCAGCAUUACUUCCCCAAUCUCCAGGGGUCAUGGGAUUACAGAGUCCAUUUGGUGCUGUUGGAGCAGGUGUGGAUCCUUCUAAAAAGGCAAAAAUUAAAAUACCUGUGAUUGCAGAGGCAAAGAAUAGCUUGGGUGAGAACAUGUUAAAGCACAAAUGCAAGUACUGUGGGAAAACUUUUGGAAAUGACAGCGCGCUCCAAAUCCACUUGCGCUCACACACCGGAGAAAGGCCCUUUAAAUGUAACAUCUGCGGAAACCGUUUCACGACCAAAGGAAACCUCAAAGUGCAUUUCCAGAGACACAAAGACAAAUAUCCACACAUUAAGAUGAAUCCACAUCCCGUACCAGAACACCUGGACAACGUCCCGACAAACAACGGCAUCCCUUACGGCAUGUCCUUGCCCAUGGAAGAAAAUGGUUUUGCUGACAAUAAAUCUGUGCUUGGGCUUCCCUCCUCAGGUCUCCAUCCAUCAACGCUCCAGGGAUUUAAGCCCUCCUUUGAUGUCCCAGUGGGUGGGGAUCUCUACUCCCAGAGGCCCUCUUCAUCUGGCAGUGAUGGCGCAUCAAUUUCUUCCGGCAUGUUUGGUCAGGAAAUGUCAGGACUGGAUCAAAACAAGGAUUCCUCUGAAGCGUUGGCUGGGUUGCACCACAUGAAUGGUAAUGGCCUAUCAGGUGAGAAUGGCUCUGGCACAGCUAAACUUCAGCAAAUGGUGGAUGGCUUGGACAAGAGGACCGGUGACCCCAACGAGUGUGUGAUAUGCCACAGGGUGCUCAGCUGCCAAAGUUCCCUUAAAAUGCAUUACCGCACCCACACUGGCGAGCGACCGUACAAAUGCAAAAUCUGUGGCAGGGCCUUCUCCACCAAAGGCAACCUUAAAGCACAUUAUGGUGUUCACAGGGCCAACACCCCCCUCAAAAUGCAACACUCUUGCCCAAUUUGUCAUAAGAAAUUCACAAAUGCAAUUGUUCUCCAGCAGCAUAUUCGUAUGCACAUGGGUGGGCAGAUCCCCAACACCCCUAUGCCUGAGAGUCAGUUUGAAAGUCCUGAAGCUUUGGAUGUUAGCUUGACUGAGGAGAAGAACAUGGACUCCAAUGAACACGAGGAGAGCAUGGAGGAGCAAGACAUGGAUUUGGACAAUCAGGAGAAGUUGAACGACUCUACGGAGCCUCAUCCUGCCACCAAAGAAGAUCAGUCUUUUCAAGGUCCACCAUCGAUGUUUACAAGCAUUGCUGCCCUGGAGAACCAUAUGAAGAGUCUCACCUCCGCGCUGAAUCUACAGCGGCAAAGCAGCACUGCUUCUGAGAGUGAUGGCGGGCUGAAAGAUUCACCUUUAGGGUCUGGAGAGAUUGACUACAAGAAUGGCCGUAGUCCAGCAGUGUCAGAUUCAAUGUCAUUUCACUCCUCUUCUCCAGUAGAUGGUCCUCUGAGUAACGGGCAGUCAAAAUCACCAGAAUCCACACACCCAGAUGAUGGACCUAAAGCAAGGUUGGACUCUGAUGGUGGACCUCAAGAUUUUUGUGAAAAUAAUGGAGCGCUGGACUUGACUAGUUUUACUUCAAAACCCAUUAAAGAGGAGCCUGGCUUGCCAUUCUCUAAUGGGGAAUAUGGCUCUACUCAAUUGCCAUACAUGAGGGUUCCUCCAAGUCUGGUCAAACUGGAGAUGCAGAUUCCUCCUGAAAGUCCUUUAGGUGCCCACGGCCUGUACAGCUCCCAACUUCCUCAGGGAGCAGCAACGCCGCCUGCUUCUGCUAACGGUCCUCGCCGGUCUGCCAAGCAACAUAUCUGCAACUCCUGUGGCAAGAACUUUUCAUCUGCCAGUGCUCUGCAGAUCCACGAACGCACUCACACGGGAGAAAAGCCAUUUGCGUGCACGAUUUGUGGCAGGGCUUUCACAACAAAGGGCAACCUUAAGGUGCAUGUCGGGACUCACAUGUGGAAUAAUUCAGCGAGGCGAGGUCAGCGUCUGUCGUUGGAUAACCCAAUGGCUUUGAUGGCUAUGGGCACAGAGUCCAAGAUGAUGCCCGACAUGAUGCAGCCCCCCAAGGAUUUGAUUCCCCCACCAAUCAGUUUUGACCCAUCUGUAUGGAACCAGUACGCUGCUGCCUUUACAAACGGCCUCACGAUGAAGACCAACGAGAUUUCGGUCAUCCAAAAUGGUGGCAUUCCUCUACCAGGAAGUCUUGCUGGAGGUCCUUUAGUGGGCUCUACUGGGGGAAUAACAAAGAUGGAAUCUUCUCAAUCUGGCAUCCCUGGCACAGUCGCCGAAAUGCAAAAGAAUGGAUCCGAAAGUGUAGCGAAAUUUCCACAUUUUAUGGAGGAAGGGAAAGUGAAUUAAAGCGUACGAGGACUAAUUUUCCCGAUCGACUGUCUAUUCUGUGCUGAUUCGGCUUGUGGGGAGCCUCCUGAGAUAUUACGAACUAGGCUAUUUAUUAAGGCAGUCCUCGGUCGGUACAAUCAAUUCUUAUGUGUAACGUUCCUUUUUAAGAAAUUGUGAAUGUACAUAGCCUUGUUAAAUCAUUGCCUAAAUGGGCCACGCCUUCAUUUUUGGACCCUUUACCUACUAGUGAUGCUUCUAGAUGAUUCUGUUGUAACUACUGUAGUUCUUAUUUCCUUUUCUCUUUCUAAUAUAUGCGGGUAUUUUGUCAAAAGUUUUGUUUCUAGAAGUUGAAUGUAAGUCUUACUUGAAAUAACUUUAUUCCAUGGACACACUAUGUCUGAGUUUCAUUGGGCUUUGCUCUGCGUGACCUUCAGGAAGCCCUCAGAGACGAGAGUGAUUUUGUUUUAACCGGUUACAUUUUGUUACGGGCGUCUCUGCUUGACUACUCGCAGUCCUGUUGUGUGUUGAUUUUGUUCAUAAGUAAUUGUUCACGAUACAUCAUCUGUGUCAAAGAGCUGGAUUAUGUGCCUGGAGGAUUAAGUUGUCUAUUAGGUUGUCUAUCCACUAUCUACUGAUUCCUUAAUAGACCGAGUAGUUAUAGUGUAGACAUUUGUUCUGAAACUGGAUUUCACUAAGUUAUUAUGUAUUUUUUGACUCUGUAGUUUCUAUCUGCGCUUAAUACCAAAAAUAAUUUUGCUAAGUGCCUGUCUUCGAAUGCUUUUUUUUCUUUUUACUUUGUUCUGCCUAAAGACACCACGGGAUUGCAAGCAAGGCCUUUCAGAUUUAUUUUUUAUUUAGACCAAGAUGUGCUUUAUACCUUUUUUUUUUUUUUCUGGUGUCCACCAUGAUUUUAUAUGGGGAUUUCAGUGGUCCUUAUUAAAUGCCAGUUAGAUUUAAAUCGGUUUCAUUUGGUACCUUUGAUAGGAAUGCGAAUGGCCAGUACAAACUGAAACUCAUAAUCAGUCCUUGCACUUUAUUUUCCUCAUUCUGCUAAGAAUUAUCUGAGCUGAGCAUUAUCCUACGAUCAAUUGUUUUUGGAUGCGUUGCUUGGAGAACGUUAGCUUGCUUGACAUUGUUUUACGACCUAUGACUUUUAGAACUGUACAUUUUUCCAUUACCACACAUUUUAUACUUGUGAGCUAUGUAGGCCUGGAUAUCUUGUAUCACUGUCAUCAAAAAUGUACUUUUUUUUUCGCAGGGAGACGUUUUUGAGAUCGUAGUCAUGCACCCUUGAGUAAAACUAACAAAACUGUGCACGCGGAGUAACCGUGAGCUUUAAGCUGGUCAAGUUUCUACCUCAUUUAGAAGACCUUUUUUUUUUUUGCAUUGUGUUUGGCGUUAUGGUUGCUUCCUCCCCUGUAACCUGCUGAUUUUUGUAAUAUAUAUAUAUGAAUGUAUCACCAGACACUUUGCACAACACUUGUUCAGAAUAGGCAGACUCCUCAUGUACAUUCUCUUUCUAUUAUGCAUUUACCAAGUUGUGCCUUUUUCUAGAUGUAAAGAAAGAUCAGAUCUUGGUUAAAUGGGGUCGUGUCUGUAUGAUUGUUCAAAUGUUGCGUCUGUUUUAGGCUUGUUUACAGUGUAGACUUUUUUUGUGAAUGUUUGCUUUUUCCAACCCCUCUUUCGUUCUGAUAUUUUGAAAAUAAAACC